AGCUACUUGCACCUGCCACGAAGGGAAACCAAACCGAAGGAGGAGGCUACGCAAAGAGCAAUCACAGGUCAAACCAACGGAAAUUUUCUUCAUGUCCAGUCCUGCCCCUCGUGGCGGGUCAUUGCUUCCUCCAACCUCCAACCGGGCGGGCCACUGGACCAGCGACACAUCCGGGAGAAAAAAGCUCGGAAGAUCCGAACAACGCUGACGGCGAGGCCGUAACCGCAGAGCAGCGGUUAUUGGGAUCUCCUGCUCCUUGAUGCAGGCACUUUUGAACUCCAGCAUGAGGUCAAAUAAGAUAUUUGGUUUAUCCAUUUCUCUUGUACUCAUCAACCUAGCUUCUAUAUUGGAACGAGCUGAUGAGAAUCUCCUCCCAGCUGUUUACAAAGAAGUCAGUGCUGCUUUCGAUGCUGGUCCUACUGAUCUGGGGUACCUUACAUUUCUGAUGAACUUUCUGAAGUCCAUAGCAUCUCCCUUGGCAGGUGUCCUUGCUCUUCAAUAUGACCGCCCUGCAGUUCUUGCGAUAGGGACUGCGUUCUGGGCUUUGUCAACAGGGGCUGUUGGUGUCAGCCAGUAUUUCGGGCAGGUUGCAUUCUGGAGAGCUGUUAAUGGUGUUGGGCUUGCCAUUGUAAUACCAGCGCUUCAAUCCUUCAUUGCUGAUAGUUACAAAGAUGGCACACGUGGAGCGGGAUUUGGUUUGCUAGCACUUAUUGGUUCAGUAGGUGGUAUAGGAGGUAGUGUUUUGGCAACAAUCGUGGCUGGAGGGGAUUAUUAUGGUAUUCCAGGAUGGCGGCUUGCAUUUAUAUCCGUUGCAUUUGUGAGCUUCUUAAUUGGACUUCUUGUAUACUUUUAUGCUGUUGAUCCUAGGAAAACAUCUCCAAGCCAUUUUGGUGGUGAUGAGGACAAUGAGAGGUUACAUUUGGUCAGCAAUGGUAUCCUUCCUCCACAUUCAAUCUGGAAGGAUUCAUGGAUAGCGGCGAGAUCCGUAAUGAAGGUGCGGACGUUUCAAAUCAUUGUAUUGCAAGGCAUUGUUGGCUCUCUGCCAUGGGCUGCUGUAGUUUUCUUCACCAUGUGGUUUGAACUCAUUGGUUUUGACAACAGCAGCUCAGCGGCGCUAAAUAGCUUUUUCGCUAUUGGGUGCGCCAGUGGAUCAUUUCUAGGUGGUGUGAUAGCAGAUCGCUUAUCUAGAUACUAUCCAGAUUCUGCUCGCAUCAUGUGCGCUCAGUUUAGCGCCUUCAUGGGCAUCCCUUUCUCAUGGAUCCUCCUUACAGUCAUUCCCCAGUCUGUUGAUUACUGGUCUGCCUAUGCUGUCACACUCUUUUUAAUGGGCAUUACCAUAAGCUGGUGCGCUACUUGUGCAAACAACCCCAUGUUCGCAGAGGUAGUACCUCCCAAGCACCGCACAAUGAUCUACGCCUUUGACCGCGCGUUUGAGGGUUCAUUUGGCUCACUUGCUGCACCUGCUGUUGGUAUAGUGACCGAGAAGAUCUAUGGCUACAAUGCAAAGACCGUUGAUCUAGCACAUGGAUCAGUGGACGGAGCUUAUGCACUCUCGAGAGGCCUAUUGACUAUGAUGAUUGUCCCUUUUGCUCUGUGCCUCAUGUUUUACACCCCAUUGUAUACAGUUUUCAAGCGUGACCGAGAAAAUGUUAGAUUGGCCAGCAUCAAGGAACAGGAGCUUAUAUGAAAAGAUUUCUGACGAGGAGCAAUGAUGUGGUUUUUCAUUUGGCUGACAUCUGUUUGUAGUUUGGAUUAUUAAUAUUUACAACACCGCCAACCCUGAAGUUUUGAUUGAAGUGCUUUGGUUGAUGUCUAGGAUACUCAGGUUUUAUGUUUCUGCAGUCACAUAUCAUACAAGAGUACACAUUUUGUACAAGUGAUAGAUUGAUUGACCUCAUCGUUCACAAUGUAACUGGUUCAGUAUACAAUGCAGACCUUAACCUGGAGAGUGGAUUGAAGAUGUUGCAACUUUUCUAGUGGAUUGAAGAUGUUGCAACUUUUCAUUGAACUUUCAGCAUAUAGAUACAGUUCUUUCUCAUUUUAUUUCUAUUUACAGUUUGUAACUUGUUUUAAACUGCCUGAACCAUCACGCCAGUCCAAUGCUGAAGUCAUUAGGAGAAUUCUCGUACCAGAUUA